AUUUGAACAGACGAAGAAGUCGGAGACGUCUUAGAAGGUGUUAGCAUUAUGCUAUCUGAGUGAAGAUGGAGUAAAACGCCAACUCACAGCGCAGCAGGACCAUCUGUCAGGAACUUCCGUGUUUAUAUAAAAAGGCUGGACCUUAGAAUAAACAUCCGUGAACCUGAUUGGAUCUCGGACCGUUCUAGAACCCCUUUCUUGUUUGUGAUUGGACGGCUAACGGCAUGCGUUGUGAGUGACAUCAAGCCUCACACGGUUGGUUGGAUGCAUAUGUAACGAGGUCAAAUGCAGCUAAGGAAUACUUCGUGGUAGAAGACAAGUUAUGAAGGAGCAGAAGGCUGAACUGUUAUGAAACAUUUUGGGAUACGGCAUAUGGAUUCUUCAUGUUGACCCUUGCUUUUCCCAAACUGAGUCGAACGGUGGUGCGUGUGACGAGAUUGGCAGCUCAGCUCUCCAAAGCAGCCAUGUCUACAAACCACCCGGACUCCAGUCCGUCCUCUGCAGCCAAAGGGGAUGCUCCCACUGCAGCUAUUCUCAUCAUUGGAGAUGAGAUACUCAAGGGUCACACACGGGACACAAACAGUGCUUUUUUGUUACGAGCACUAAGGAGGCUUGGAGUGUCUGUGCAGCGCAUAACAGUCGUACCAGACGUGCAGGAGAUCAUUGCCAGAGAGGUGGCCCUCCUCUCCUCUCAGUAUACACACCUCAUCACCUCAGGGGGCAUAGGCCCCACCCAUGAUGACGUCACCUUAGAAAGCGUUGCCAUGGCUUUCGGAGAGGAGCUGUACCCCAACCCUGAGCUCACCAAGCUGGUAGAGGAAUUCUUUGGGGUGACGGAUAAGAACAGUGCUGCUAUGAAGCUGGCCAUGCUGCCACGCUCAGCCAACCUCAACUAUGGAACUGACCCUCAGACCGGACAGCUGCAGCGUUACCCACUGGUGAAUGUGCGUAAUGUGUACAUCUUUCCUGGGGUCCCGCUUCUGAUGGAGAGAGCUUUCACUGGGGUGGAGCACCUCUUUGCUGCUUCGGGGACCACUUUUCACACCCGUGAGGUGUAUGUGGAUGCAGAUGAAACAGAUAUCGCCCACGUGCUGACCAGACUGCAGGCUGUCUGGGGCCGGAAGGUGGCUCUCGGUUCCUACCCCGACUGGCUGAGCAACUAUCACAGAGUCAGGCUGGUCCUGGACUCGGAUGGCCAGGAGGACGUGGAGAAAGCCCGGGCGGAGCUGGUCGACCAACUGCCCAAGGGUAGCGUGGUUCCGUUAGUCACUGACCCGGUGUCCAUCGCCCCUGCUGAGGUGUACCGACUGUCCAACAGCGGCACACCUCUGGGGGAGAAAGUUACGUCUGCACUUAAAACGAUAGAAGCUGCACUGGAUCAGUAUUCGACAGAGCAAGUCUGCGUCGGCUUCAACGGAGGCAAAGACUGCACAGCGCUGCUCCAUCUCUACCACGCUGCACUGAAACGGCGAUAUCCAGAUGGAAAAGACAAGGUGAAAGCCCUUUAUAUCCGUAUCGUCUCUCCAUUCCCAGAAAUGGAGAGAUUUCUUCAAGACACAAUAAAAAGAUAUGACUUGGACCUGUUCUCUGUGGAGGGCAGUAUACGGCAGGCGCUGAACGACGUGCAGGAGAGGAGACCAGAGCUGAAAGCUGUCCUUAUGGGGACCAGGAGGAGUGACCCCUACUCACACACACUCACAGCCAUGUGUCCCACUGACCCCGGCUGGCCAGACUACAUGAGAGUCAACCCUUUACUAGACUGGACGUAUCAUGACAUCUGGUCGUUCUUGAGGACGUUAUACGUGCCGUACUGUAUUCUCUAUGAUAAAGGGUACACCUCACUGGGCAGCAUGGACAACACGCAUCGUAACGCUUCCCUGCAGAUGGUAGAUGGGAGGGGGGUGACCAGGUACAAGGCGGCCCACCUCCUGGAGAACGAAGAAGAGGAGCGAAACUCUCGUGCCUGAUGUAGAAUCACUUCUCACCGUGUCACCUGUUGCUGAUGGAGCAAUUUCUUUCUUUUGUAGAACUCAGGUCCACCCCUGCACAUAACUCAAAACUAAUAAUCCUCUCCAUGUGAUCAUUUGUGGAUUCUCGGCAGAAUGAGACGUAAAGGAAGUCGGCGUGUGUGAGUGCUAUUUGUUUAUACAUGUGAGUUUCAGCCCAAAGUAAUGGCUCUCUGUGCUGUUGAAUAAAACAUCAAUCUGUGUCAUCUUU